GCAAAGUCUAUGUUUAGGUUGGUUUAGGCCACGUUAGUCCUAUUGGGGUACAUAAAAAAUGAUAAAUAAAAUAAUACAUUUAUGCCUUUUAAGUUUGAUAAUUAAUAAUUAUCAAUUGACAAUUUCAAAACACUUUAAUAAAAGUGAAGAGUUUUUGAUUGACGAUGAUGACAACGAAGAUUUCAUAACACAAUUUCAAUUUCUUCAUGGAGCUUCCGAGGAGGUGCAUGAGGUUGGAGAAUCGGGAGACGAAGAGGGUGACCUCCAACAGGGGCAAGAUGCAUUACCCGGAGAAGGGGCAACUGUAGCAAUCGAAAAAAAAGAGAAAAAAAAUUAUUUCUUAACAAUUACAUUACCUACGUUUAUUGUUGUUGCACUUCAGUUCAUUGUUAUGAUUGUAACUUUACACAAGAAAAAUUGUUGCUUUGGAUUUUUUGAGAAACCAUUAAUUAUAGAAGAAGAACUUGAUCGAUUUAAACGGCGAGAAGUUUCUUCAUCCGAAGAUUAUGAUAUAAUUUAUUAA